AUGAGUGGGCUCUCCCCUGGGCCCUGGCGUCUGCUAAGUACGGUGGUCCUGGUGUGCUGGACGGGGUACUUGGCAGCUGCCCAGGAAGAGAUCUCGGCCUUCUAUGUAGACAAACAGAGCAAUACCUCUGUCACCCUGAAGUGGGAGCCGCCUAAUAACAACUAUACUGUCACCUGGGCUAAGGAUGGCCAGGUCAUCGGGACAAACGACACUUCAGAUAUUCAGUACACCGUGAACCACCUCCAACCUGGGACAGCAUAUGAGUUCACUGUCCGUGUCCAGGGAAACAGCUCUGGAAGGAGCCUCAAUGCAUCCACAUUGCCCAAUGAAGUCCAAGACCUCAGGAUGGAUGCCCGGAGCAACAGCUCAGUCACCCUGAAGUGGCUGGCCCCCGAUGGCCCCCAGCCUGCAGAUUACACCUACUGGAUCAGCUGGGGCAGAGAGGAUGGCCUUGCUGGUCAAAACCACACAACAGAGAUGGGGCAUAUAGUGGGCAGCCUGGCCCCUGCCACAGUGUACAAUUUCACAGUGACAGCUGAGAAGAAUGGUGUCCACAGCUCUGGCCAGAGCAUCCAGGAGGCCACAGAUUACACCUACUGGAUCAGCUGGGGCAGAGAGGGUGUCCCCAGAGGGGCAGACAACACCAGCGCUGAGCAGUAUACUGCUGAGGCCCUGGAGCCUGGAAGCCCAUAUGAAUUUAGAAUAAGGAGCAUGAGCAACGAAGUCAAUAGCUCUGCCCAGAUGCUGCGGGUGUUCACAGAACCCAAUGAGGUCCGAAACCUGCAGGUGGUGAGACAGACCAACAACUCAAUUGAAUUCAGUUGGAUGGCGCCUGAGGGGCCCACCGAGCCCACCUACCAAGUGUCCUGGUUCUUAUCUGAAAUCUACCAGAGGCAGGUCUUUACUAACGGCACCAACUUCACUGCUGACGGCCUCACUCCGGGGACUUGGUACCAGUUCUUGGUGAGGUCCGUGACAGAGGAUGAAGCCCAGAGUCCAGAAAGGACAGUCAACGCCUCCACAGCUCCAGACCCCGUCACCAUCACCUCCUGCACUAGUGAUGCUGCAGGCUAUGGGGUCAUCCUGACCUUCGCCUGCCCUGCGGGGAACCAGGAGAGCUUUGAGUAUGAGCUGGGUGGUCAUCAAGGCACUUGGCCGAGGCCCUGCCCCAGCUCCAUGCCCGUUGGGGGACUCCAGCCAGACAAGUCCUACACGGCCAUCGUGUGGAGUCUCUGGGCGGGGAUGAAGGCUCCACAGGCCUUGGUGGGCAGAGCAGGGGGCUCUGGCACACCCUGCCGUAUCGGGGCUCUGACGGUCUCCUCCCUCGUCCUCUCUCUCUCUAACCAGCACCUGGCUCUGGAAGGCACAGGGCAGCCGCAAACGGCCUCCUUGGCCCCGGAGAACAGAAGCAAGAAUCGAUUUUCCAACGUGCUGCCCUAUGACUGGUCCCGAGUACCCCUGCAGCCCAUCCCAGGGGAUCCCAGCUCUGACUACAUCAAUGCCAGCUUCGUUCCAGGUCUCGUUGGGCCCCAGGAGUACAUAGCUACCCAGGGGCCACUCCCCCAGACGGUGAGCGACUUCUGGCGCCUGGUGUGGGAUCAGCAAAGCCGCACUGUUGUCAUGUUGACCAACUGCGUGGAGGGCGGGCGGGUCAAAUGUGAACAUUACUGGCCCUUGGAUGCCAAACCUUGCAGCCAUGGGCACCUGCGGGUGACUCUGAAAUGGGAAAAUGUGGCUGAACAUUGGACUGUUCGAGACUUGCAUCUGUUUCAUAUGGAGCUGAACGAAGGCCUGUUUGUGCGCCAGUUCCACUACACGGUCUGGCCAGACCACGGGGUUCCUGGGUCCCCAGACCCCCUGCUGGCUUUCCGAGCACUGCUCCGGAAUUGGCUGGACCAGAGCCUAGGGGGGGGCCCUCCAAUUGUACAUUGCAGUGCGGGCGUAGGUCGCACGGGGACUCUCAUUGCCCUGGAUGUCCUGCUGAGGCAACUGCAGAAAUACCAGCAGGUUGGGGUCCAGUCUUUCAUCAGAAAGAUGAGGAGGAGCCGCCCACUGAUGGUGCAGACUGAGGGACAGUACAUAUUUCUGUACCAGACCCUCCUGAGGUCUCUGCAGCUGUCCCAGGACGGUGGGGAAGAUUGCAGAGACCAAGAAGGUGUCCUGUAUGAGAACAUGGAAGCCAUCCAGGCCUAUGAGCAGGAGAUUGGUUUCAGAGAAGAGCCCAUGCUUCCUGGGGUUCAGGAUCCAUGAUGCUCUCCCCCAUGAGACCCCAAGAUCUCAGAAUAAUCAGGAGCUGGGGGUGGGAGCACCUGGGUUCUGGAUGGGGAGGGGCAGAGGAUCCAGAUGUCUGGGUCCCUCCUUGACAUCAAAUUAUGUGAGGGGGAUUUGGGGAGAUCUCUGAGGGGCUGAGUCCUGCCCUCCCCAAGGGAUGAGGAAGGCUCGUGAGCUCCUCCUGCAGCCUCAUCCUCUAAUACAACCUGUA